ACGAGUCCUGCUCCAGGUCACGCUCUCCUCUCUUCUAUGACCAAAGCCUGUUUCUUUUCCUUGUACUUUCUCGUGCACAGAUCAUAGGGAACCCAUUUUCCGCGUACCUAUACCAGCUUCUUCAUUGAGAUUCACGGAAUUCACUUGUUUCCCACUCUUUUCCGUUUUGUUUUCUUUCGAGUGCUUAAUUUAUAUCAGUUUCUGAUCAAUUGGGUUUGUUUCUUUACCAAAAAAAGAAAAGAAAAAAGUUGCUUGACUGUAAAAUUUUCGGUGCCAAAUUUCACUGGUUGAUAAGUCAGAAACAGAGCAGGCCAAAGACAAAGCACCAGAAAGAGAGAGAGAUGGCGGCUCGAAACUUAGAGAAGUUGGCUUCAAUUGACGCUCAAUUGAGGCUAUUGGCGCCAGGGAAGGUGUCUGAGGAUGACAAGCUGGUGGAGUAUGAUGCUUUGCUGUUGGAUCGGUUUCUAGAUAUUCUUCAGGAUUUGCAUGGGGAGGAUAUCAAAGAAACGGUGCAAGAUUGUUAUGAGCUUUCAGCUGAGUAUGAAGGGAAGCAUGAUCCUCAUAAGUUGGAGGAGCUUGGGAAUGUCUUAACGAGUUUGGAUCCCGGGGACUCAAUUGUUGUUGCUAAAUCAUUUUCUCACAUGCUUAAUUUGGCCAACUUGGCCGAGGAAGUUCAGAUUGCUUACAGAAGGAGGAUCAAGUUAAAGAAGGGAGAUUUUGCUGAUGAGAGCUCUGCAACAACUGAAUCAGACAUUGAGGAGACUUUGAAGAGGCUUGUGGGACAACUGAAGAAGUCCCCUCAAGAAGUGUUUGAUGCCUUGAAGAACCAGACUCUAGAUUUGGUCCUAACUGCUCAUCCCACUCAGUCUGUGCGAAGAUCUUUGCUUCAAAAGCAUGCAAGGGUAAGGAAUUGUUUAACUCAGCUGUAUGCGAAAGACAUAACUCCUGAUGAUAAGCAAGAACUUGAUGAGGCUUUGCAAAGGGAGAUUCAAGCUGCAUUUCGCACGGAUGAAAUUAAAAGGACACCCCCAACUCCACAAGAUGAGAUGAGGGCAGGAAUGAGCUACUUCCAUGAGACAAUUUGGAAAGGUGUACCAAAAUUCUUACGCCGUGUUGACACAGCUUUGAAGAACAUAGGAAUCAAUGAACGUGUUCCUUACAAUGCCCCUCUCAUUCAAUUCUCUUCUUGGAUGGGUGGGGAUCGUGAUGGAAACCCCCGGGUUACUCCUGAAGUCACGAGGGACGUAUGCUUACUGGCCAGAAUGAUGGCUGCUAAUUUGUACUUUUCCCAAAUCGAGGAUCUCAUGUUUGAGUUGUCUAUGUGGCGUUGCUGUGAUGAGCUUCGUGUUCGUGCUGAUGAACUUCAUAGGUCCUCGAAGAAAGAUGCCAAACACUACAUAGAGUUUUGGAAACAAGUUCCUCCAAAUGAGCCAUAUCGUGUUAUUCUUGGUGAUGUAAGGGACAAGCUGUAUAACACACGUGAACGUGCGCGUCAGUUAUUAGCCAAUGGGAUCUCUGAUAUUCCUGAGGAUGUAGCUUUCACCAAUGUUGAGCAGUUCCUGGAGCCUCUCGAACUCUGUUACAGGUCAUUGUACUCUUGUGGUGACCGGUCUAUAGCUGAUGGAAGCCUUCUUGAUUUCUUACGACAAGUUUCUACCUUUGGGCUUUCGCUUGUAAAACUUGAUAUCCGACAAGAAUCUGAUAGGCAUACUGAUGUUAUUGAUGCUAUCACAAAGCACUUGGGCAUCGGGUCUUAUAAAGAAUGGUCAGAGGAACGCAGGCAAAAAUGGCUCUUGUCUGAGCUCAGUGGCAAGCGCCCUCUUUUCGGGCUUGAUCUUCCCAAAACCGAUGAAAUCGCUGAUGUAUUGGAUACUUUCCAUGUCAUUUCAGAACUUCCCUCAGACAACUUUGGUGCCUAUAUAAUCUCAAUGGCAACAGCCCCAUCUGAUGUGCUUGCUGUUGAGCUUUUACAACGUGAAUGUCAUGUUAAGAAGCCAUUAAGGGUUGUCCCACUGUUUGAAAAGCUUGCUGAUCUUGAGGCUGCUCCUGCUUCUCUGGCUCGUCUCUUCUCAAUAGACUGGUACAGAAACCGGAUCAAUGGGAAACAAGAAGUCAUGAUAGGGUACUCAGAUUCCGGAAAAGAUGCUGGUCGUCUCUCUGCGGCUUGGCAGUUAUAUAAGGCUCAAGAAGAGCUAGUAAAGGUGGCUAAGCAAUAUGGAGUUAAGCUUACAAUGUUCCAUGGUCGUGGAGGGACAGUUGGUAGGGGAGGAGGGCCCACCCAUCUUGCUAUACUAUCUCAGCCACCUGACACGAUUCAAGGUUCGCUUCGCGUGACAGUUCAAGGUGAAGUUAUUGAACAGUCUUUUGGGGAGGAGCACUUGUGCUUUAGAACACUCCAGCGUUACACAGCUGCUACACUUGAGCACGGUAUGCGUCCACCUGUCUCGCCAAAGCCUGAAUGGCGUGCACUCUUGGACAAGAUGGCAGUUAUUGCAACGAAGGAAUACCGUUCCAUAGUUUUCCAGGAAUCUCGUUUUGUUGAGUACUUUCGCCUCGCAACACCAGAGUUGGAAUAUGGUCGGAUGAACAUUGGGAGUCGUCCAUCAAAAAGGAGGCCAAGUGGAGGGAUUGAAUCACUCCGUGCAAUCCCAUGGAUCUUUGCAUGGACCCAGACAAGGUUUCAUCUACCAGUGUGGCUUGGAUUUGGGGCAGCAUUUAAGCACAUAAUUGAGAAGGACAUAAAGAAUCUCCAUAUGCUUCGGGAGAUGUAUAAUCAGUGGCCUUUCUUCAGGGUUACAAUUGACCUAGUUGAGAUGGUGUUUGCCAAGGGGGACCCAGGAAUUGCUGCUCUGUAUGACAAGCUCCUGGUGUCAGAAGACCUAUGGUCUUUUGGAGAGCAAUUAAGGGCCAACUAUGAAGAAACCAAGCAGCUUCUCCUCCAGGUUGCAGGGCAUAAGGAUCUUCUAGAAGGAGACCCGUAUUUGAGGCAGAGACUCCGUCUUCGUGAUUCGUACAUCACGACCCUUAAUGUCUGCCAAGCCUACACACUUAAACGGAUCCGUGACCCUGACUACAAUGUGAAGGUGAGACCGCACUUGUCUAAGGAAUACAUGGAAUCAAGCAAGCCGGCUGCCGAGCUUGUGAAGCUUAACCCCAUGAGCGAGUAUGCUCCAGGUUUGGAGGACACCCUUAUUUUGACCAUGAAAGGUAUUGCUGCCGGCAUGCAGAACACCGGUUAAGGGAUGGAUGACUUGCUUCAAAUAUAUAUACAUAUAAUGUAUGAAAUGCAACUUCUCUAUUAGAGCUCACUGCUCCGAGCCAGCAUGUAAUAAAUCAUCCUACGUACGAUGCCAUUUUAGCUUGUGCGGGCAAUGCUGUAUCAUGCAUUCUUUUCGGCUUUCAAACUGGAAAUCAUUUACUUGGCCUGGUGAAGUAAAAAACAUUCUAAUUUUUCUUUC